UAUAUAUAUAUAUAUAUAAUUACACAACUACAUACAUAUUUCAUAUUAUAUAUAUUAGAGAUUUCAUAUGUCCAUAAUAAUCUAGCAAGGUUUACCAAAUGGGGAAGUUCAAUCCCUUCAAGUUCUUCCCCUAUUUUCUCCUUAUCAUCUUACCAGUUUCCAUGUCAUCCACCAUUUCAGGAUCCUACAAUACAUAUAUUAUCCACAUGGACAAAUCAGCCAUGCCAGCUGCAUUCUCUUCCCAUCACCAUUGGUACACUGCAACUCUUUCUUCGCUCUCUUCCUCAAAUGGCCUUCUUCCCACCCAUCUCUACACCUACAAUCACGUCAUCUACGGUUUCAGCGCCGUCUUAUCACCGGAGCACCUCCAUCAGCUCUCUCGAAUUCCGGGACAUAUCGCUACGUACCCGGAAAUGUUUGGCCACCUCCAUACCACACACACUCCACAAUUCCUCGGCUUGAACAACCACUCCGGGUUAUGGCCAAUCAGCGGCUUCGGUGACGACGUGAUAAUCGGGAUCCUCGACACCGGAAUCUGGCCGGAGAGCGAAAGCUUCGACGACGAGGGAAUGCCUCCGUUACCGGAAAGAUGGCGGGGUGGAUGUGAAAGCGGGAUGGAGUUCAACUCCUCUAACUGCAACAGGAAGUUGAUCGGAGCUCGUUCUUUCAGCAAAGGAAUCAAACGCCGAGGAUUGAACAUAUCCAGAACGAACGAUUACGAUUCUCCGAGGGAUUUCAUGGGCCACGGGACCCACACGUCGUCGACGGCUGCGGGAAGACACGUGGACAACGUGGAGUAUUUCGGAUAUGCAAAAGGAACAGCAACCGGAAUUGCACCAAUGGCCAGGCUGGCAAUGUACAAGGUGGUUUUCGACGGUGAUACUUACGAAACUGCAGCCUCCGACGUCCUCGCCGGCAUGGACCAAGCCAUUGCCGACGGCGUCGACAUCAUGUCGUUGUCGCUGGGAUUCCCGGAAACACCAUUCAGUGAGAAUCCGAUAGCCGUCGGAGCUUUCUCUGCGAUGGAGAAAGGGAUUUUCGUUUCUUGUUCGGUCGGAAAUUCAGGUCCUCAUGCUUACACCAUCUUCAACGGAGCUCCUUGGAUCACCACCGUCGGUGCCGGAACCGUUGAUCGCGAUUUCGUAGCUCGUGUUACGUUCGGAGAUGGAGAGCUGACGGUCAUUGGAAAGUCUAUUUAUCCAGAAAACUUGUUCGUCUCCAACGUUCCUAUAUAUUACGGAUAUGGAAACAGAAGCAAAGAAAUCUGCGACUAUAAAAGCUUAAACCCAAAAGAAGUUGCGGGAAAAUACAUCUUCUGCGACUUGGACGAUAAUUUAACAGUUUUUCAGCAACUACUCGAGCUGGAUAGAACCGAAGCUGCCGGAGCAAUAUUCAAUUCGGAUUCCGGUCAGUUUCUCAAAACCAGCGACUUCAAUCUCCCAUUCGUGACUGUAAAACCGAACGAUGGAGAAUUGGUGAAGAAAUAUAUAACGUCAGUUUCGGAGAAUAAUGCAACAGCCAGUAUCAAGUUUCAGAUAACGGUGAUCGGAACUCGACCGGCACCACAAGUGGCCUACUUUUCGUCCCGGGGACCAGACCGGCAGUCGCCGUGGAUUCUAAAACCUGAUAUUUUGGCUCCUGGGGUUAAUAUCUUAGCUGCAUGGGUUCCAAACCGAGGUUUGCAACCUAUAAGAGAUUCUGAUUUAUUGCUUACAGACUAUGCACUAGUAUCGGGGACGUCCAUGGCGUCCCCACAUGCAGUCGCAAUAGCAGCAUUGCUCAAGGCAACUCACCGGGAUUGGAGUCCGGCAGCUAUACGGUCUGCAAUGAUGACCUCCGCCGACGUGGUCGACAACACCGGCAAUCCCAUCAUCGACAUGACCAGCAAAGUUGCUGGAACACCUCUGGAUUUCGGAGCAGGACAUGUGAAUCCCAAUAAGGCAAUGGACCCUGGACUUGUUUAUGACAUUGAAGCCAAAGACUAUAUAAAUUACUUGUGCAGUUUGAACUAUACCACACAACAAAUCAGGGUUAUCUGGAGGACUACAUCGAAUUUCACUUGUGAAUAUGCUAAUCGGGAUUUGAAUUAUCCCUCGUUUAUGGUUAUCUUGAAUGAGACUAACACUACAACCUACACUUUCAAAAGAGUGUUGACCAACGUUGGUGACUCUCCGUCGGUUUACCGUGCGGCGGUAAAGGUUCCGAGUGGUAUGAAGGUGAGUGUGCAACCGGAAAUGAUCUCCUUUGAGAAGAAAUAUAGCAGAGCUGAGUUUAAUCUGACGGCGGAGAUUAAUUUGGGAGGUAUAGAAAUAGUCCCACAGAGUGAUUACAUUGGUAAUUAUGGGUUUUUGUUGUGGUCUGAGGAGAACGGAAAACAUGUUGUGAGGAGUCCAAUUGUCUCUGCAUUUGCAGCUUAAUUUUGACAAAAUCCAUUACACCUA